CAUAACCCUGGCGGCCUUCGGAGGACACCCGCCGGUGAGCGCCGAACCCUUAAAGGGAUGAUUACAUUUUCUGUCCGCCGACGCAGCUGAGUUUACACCCGCCGCCGCCACCCGACGAACCCUUUAAGCAACUCAACGGGGAGGGGAAAGAAACAAAAUGUGUGUGGCGUCGAAGCGUACGCGCUGCGUCAUCGCGUGCGGAGCGUGACACGUCGGCGGCCGGGGCCAUUGGAGCCGGAUGUUCCAAGAUGGUGGCGAUUGUUGGGGUUGCGGCUUCUGUGAGGGGGGGAGGCGUCUGCUGCUGAAGGGGCUUCGCCUGCUGCGUGCACCCCCUGGGGGCCGAGCCGGGUUCCGCCGGUGUGGGGAAAAAGGAAAACCUGUCUACAGCAUUCAUUGGUGGUUCUCCAAACAGCAUUUGACUUCGCUAGAAAUUUGUCAUGCAGCCACCUCCACAGACAGUUCCAGCAGGGGCUGGUGGACCGCCUCCUGCAGGAAUUGCUCGGAACACAUAUUGGCGAAACAGCCCGUUUAGUAGACGGGCAAAUGCACCGGUCUCAGGAGCAACUGCCCCGGUGCAACCUGUGACAGACCCUUUUGCAUUUGGCAGGCAAACUCCACAAGGUUCCCUGUUAGGUAAUCCAUCCAAAGGCAAUCCCCUGAUUAUGCCAGGUCCUGCUCCAUCAGUGUUUCCUCGUCCAGCUGGUGUGCAUUCUUCUCAAUCAUAUGCAGGGGAUAAUUCUCAUGGACUGCCUACAUCUUUACCAACAUCUGUAUCUCAACCAGGAAUAACUUCAAAUACAUGUUCUAAUGUGGUGACUCCUUCAUCACCAGCACAUAUUAUAAAUAGCACUGCAGAAAUCCAUCAAAUGCAUCCAAAUGCAGAACAUGGACCCCAUAACUCUUCAGCACAGUCGCUUUAUAAUACAGUAGCAGCACAUGAAAAUUCUCUCAGUGGACAUCCGGCUAUGGCACAUGUGGCAAACAGACCCCUAAGCAGACAAGAUAUUAAUAGGGAUCCAAGCAACACUAGUUCAGUGCCUACAAUAGCACCAUUUCUCCCUCCACCUCUUCAACAAACCCCACCUCAGUGGAGACCCAUUCAAGAUAACCUGCAGCCUCAAGUUCAGAACUACUGGCCCUAUACUGAGCCACCUUCUCAGAAUGCAGUUUAUAGCGUUUCUCACUCUUCUGCUGUUAAGUCCCAUCUUCCUCCCCAAGCAAAUCUGCAUCAGGGACCCGUACAUCAACAUAUUCCACAAAGUACCGUGCAAGCACCUUUGCCCAUUGGUGGUGAAAAGAAUGAGAUAAGCAGCUUCCCAGUUGCCAAUCACCAUGUGAACAACUUUCAGCCUGAAAAUAUGUUUAGACAGAAUGUAAGAAUGACUAAUCCUUGGCCAAGUCAACCUUACCAAGAACAGUUUUACCCACAGCCUCUUUUACCAGAUGCUGGUUUUGUUAAUCCCAUCACUCAGGAAAAUAACCCACAAAAACAAUCUCAAAAUGUGUCUGAAACACCAAGUGGAUAUACAUCCACAAAUGCAGAUUCAGGAACUAUCUCCAUGUUUUUCAAAGGGGAUGAGGCAGAAAAUGAAGAAAUACUUUCAUCAGAAAAAAAUGAUCUGUCCGGUAAAGCUAACUAUGAUGCUUGUCAGCUAAAUUCAGGACAUAUGUAUCACCAACCACUGCAUCCUCAGCAGGCUGCAGCUAGUGUUCUCUCUCAACCAGAGAUUAGCACAGGCUCAGCUAAUGAGACAGUGCAAAAGGGAAUGGAUGUCCAAUAUUUUUCUAAAACUAUAAGCAGCCAGCAUGACACACAGACCAGUAAAAACUCUAUGUAUAUUAGUGAUGACAAAGCAAAUGAUAGCAAAGCUCAUGAGAAUGUUGGGUCACAUUAUGAAAAUGUUGAGAACCUGGAAUGCAUUCAGAAUCAAGAAGUUCUGCCAAGCGAACCACAGAAUAUUAAUCGCUCGUCCCCAAGUGUAGGUUCUGAUCUGUACAGAUAUGGGUCACUACCUGGGCAGUUGCUUCCAAAGAACACCAUUGUGAGCCAUGCAGAAAGAGGACCAAAUCUAGAGGCACCCGACUCGUUACCUCAUCCUGUCCGAUCUGAUAGUGUAUCUUCAAACUACAGUAACAUAAGCCACAGGAGUGUUUCUAGUUCAACAAGACCUCAAGAGCUUAUUGGUACAUUUAUUCAGCAAGAAAGUGGGAAGCCUGAUGAGGAGUCCUCUGUCAGUUUCUUUAAGCAGAUUGACUCCUCUCCUUUGGGAGGAGAUUCGAGUGAGCCGAAUGUCAGCAAGAAUUACCAUAGUAAUCUAUCACAGCCUCAAACUCCAAGUCCCCCCAAACCUACAGGAAUAUUUCAGACAAGUGCAAAUAGCUCUUUUGAACCAGUAAGGUCCCAUGGGGUCGGGGUAAAACCUGCAGAGGUUGACCAAGCGAAGAUGGUGGUUGAACUAAGAGAGAACCACCCAAACCAAAAGAAUACUAAGAAAAGUAUGGCUAUGCCAGCUGCCUCACCAGGUAAUCUUGAACAGCCGCCAGAUAACUUGGAAACUAUUUUCAUGCCCCAAGUACAUCCGUUGCCUCUUACAGUCACUGGUGAACCUGGAAACAUGUUGCAACCUGCUAGUGGACCUGUUGUGGAAAACAUACAAUUGGUACCUGAGAAAAGACCCUCAACUAGAGCACAGGGAGCAACUAAAAAGUGUGAGAGUCCAGCAACAACUCUCUGGGCUCACAAUGAGUUACCUAACUUUGGGGGUAAUGUCCUUCUAGCCCCUGCUGCUCCUGCAGUGUAUGUACCUGCUAAACAGACAGUGGAAAUUAUUCAACCGCCUGAAGAAGGGCUGUCCAAUCAGCAGCCAAAUAAACCAGAGUGUGUUCCUGUGCAACCAUCCCAGCCUGGAAAUGUAUCUUCUGAAAACCUUGAGAAUCCUCCCAAAAUGGGAGAAGAGGAGGCACUUCAGUCUCAGGCAAGUUCAGGUUAUGCAAGUUUGUUGUCUUCUCCACCCACAGAGUCUCUGCAAAAUCAUCCUAUCUUGAUUGCCCAGCCUAAUCAAAGCUAUAAUUUGGCUCAGCCAAUUAAUUUUUCUCUUUCUUUAUGUAAUCAGCUAACCAGGAAUGAAAAUAAUCUUUCACUGAAAGAUCCUGGAGUUGAAGAUAAACCCGUAACAGGACUCCAAGCUCCACAUGCUGGUGGGAUCCUCCCUGGGGAAAAUGUGUCAUUGUCUGUGAUGCAGGUUGGAUCGUCAGUUAAUAUGCCUCCAUCUUCUAAUCUGUCACAUUCUAAUUUAUUACAAAGCCCUGUUAAUUCUUCAGAAAUCACCUCAAAUCAAUCCACAAAUUUGAUGCAACCUCCAUCUCAAACUCCAAUUAAUUUGGCUCCAGAAGGUCAAAAGAAUACUAAUUCAGAAGGUUGUCUGCCUGAAUUUGCUAGUAAACCAGGAUCUGACUCAGCUGUUUCUCCUGGGACAAAUCUCCCCAGUGGAAAUGCAAGUGUGGUGUUAGUCCCACCAGUGUAUACCAUGGUGCCUAAUAAUAAUUCUACAAAUGACUCACAUAGUCAUGAAGAAAAUUCUGGAGCACUUGAUUUUACAGUAAUACGGACACUGGACAAAAGCAAGACCAGUAAUCCUGGACAGAUGCAUAAUCCAUUACUUUCUUGUGGUCCAGUAUUUCCUCAACAGCCAGUCAAACAUGCUAGCCAGAUGGGGCCAGACACACAUGACAAACAACAUUUCUAUCAACAGGUAACAAAAGAUGUGCAGCUUCAGGCUCCAUCAGACAGAGCCACACAGGGGGCAUUGCUUUCUCAGCAACAAAAGCAGACUGCUCAAAUGCUGCAAACAGUACCUUCUGGGCAGUCUUUGGUUCCUUCAAAUUAUCAGAUGGCUUCAGGAAUUAAACCUACCCAAGCACCACAGCUACAAGAGAAUCAGAUGCCAACUAAUAGGUAUUAUCCAGCGGGUCUCCCAGAGGGUAGUUCAACACAGCCACCAACAAGCUAUAGUCAAACAAGUGCUGAUAAACAACCAUUUUCUGGUCAGUCAUUGAGUGCUCCAACUUCAUCAGCAUCUGUUACCACCAGUCAGCCAGCCAUGCCAACCAUGCAGCAAGAGCAGAAUCCACCACCUUCUCAGACUCCUCAGGAUGCCCGUGGGCCACCACAAAACCCUUACUACUAUUACAGACAUCCUUAUGAUGCUUAUCAGACUCCAUAUCCACAGCCUUACCCUCCCCUGGAUCUUAGAAGUGCAGCUCAUCUCUAUUACCAGGAUGAUGUCUAUGGACAAUAUGGUCCCCGCUACCAUCACUAUGAUAGAAGCAAUGCUGCCUAUGUGGAGCCUGGUGGUUAUCGAUAUGGUGAGCCUGAGCGUCCUAGUUCCAGAGCUAGUCAGUGCUCUGAUAGACCUCCUUCUAGACAGGGGUAUACUGAAGAUUAUUAUAAUCCAAAAAGUGGUUGGAAUGAUUACUAUGCGGACUACUAUGCAAACCCAUAUAAUUAUGGAGAUCCAAGUCGCUGGGAACGUUAUCCAUCAGCAUAUGACUCCAGAUAUAGAGAUCCCAGAAGUUAUGACCAGAGAUACUGGUAUGACACUGAACAGAAUCCAUACCAAAAGAGAGAGGCAUAUCCAUAUGGUAACAGACAAGACCGAUAUGAAGAUCACUGGCGAUAUGAUCCUCGCUUUGCUGGAAACUUUGAUGAUGAAACUGAGCCUCACAGAGACCCUUAUGGUGAUGAAUUUGACAGACGAAGUGUCCACAGUGAACAUUCUGCCCAUAGUCUCCGUAGUUCCCACAGUGUUCAUAGCCAUCAGAGCAGCUUCAGUUCUCGCUCUCAGCAAAGCCAGCUUUAUAGAAGCAACCAUGAUCUGACCGCUAAUGCAUAUGAAACCACCACCCAGCCAGUCUCACUUCACACAGAUUAUCCAUACGGCGGAUACCCUGCUAAUUUUGAUGGUCAACAGCCUUUUACAGAUUAUGGCUUCUCAGCUGAAACUGGAUGGCCAUCUGUAGAACAAGUCCCAUCAAGACCCUCGACACCUGAGAAAUUUUUAGUGCCUCAUGUCUGUGCAAGGUUUGGUCCUGGGGGCCAUCUGACAAAAGUGCUGUCAAACCUGCCUUCAGAAGGACAGCCGGCUUUGGUUGAGAUACACAGUAUGGAGACUAUGUUGCAACAUAUGCCAGAACAAGAAGAGAUGAGAGCCUUUCCGGGCCCUCUUGCUAAAGACGAUACCCAUAAAGUGGACGUCAUUAAUUUUGCACAAAACAAAGCCACACAGUGCUUUCAGAAUGAAAAUCUAGUUGACAAAGAGUCUGCAAGCCUGCUUUGGGAUUUUAUUGUAUUGUUGUGCAGACAGAAUGGGACCGUAGUGGGCACAGACAUUGCAGAGCUUUUACUACGGGAUCACAAAACAGUCUGGCUUCCUGGGAAAUCGCCCAAUGAAGCAAACUUGAUUGACUUCACUAAUGAGGCUUUGGAGCAAGUGGAAGAGGAGUCUGGUGAAGCUCAACUCUCAUUUCUCACCGAUAGUCUUAUAACCACAAUUGACAGUCUUGAAAGAGAGACAGAGAGAUUCAGGGAACUUCUGCUUUAUGGUCGUAAGAAGGAUGCUUUGGAGUCUGCCAUGAAGCAUGGAUUAUGGGGUCAUGCUCUGCUUCUUGCCAGUAAAAUGGACAGCAGAACACAUGCAAGAGUCAUGACCAGAUUUGCCAACAGUCUUCCAAUUAAUGAUCCCCUGCAAACUGUUUACCAGCUAAUGUCUGGAAGAAUGCCAGCAGCAUCCACAUGCUGUGGAGAUGAGAAAUGGGGAGACUGGAGGCCUCAUCUGGCUAUGGUGCUAUCCAACUUGACCAAUAACAUGGAUGUGGAAUCAAGGACUAUUACCACCAUGGGAGAUACUCUUGCUUCUAAAGGCCUUUUAGAUGCUGCUCAUUUUUGCUACCUGAUGGCCCAGAUCGGGUUUGGCGUUUAUACAAAGAAAACAACAAAGCUUGUCCUAAUUGGAUCAAAUCACAGCUUGCCAUUUUUAAAGUUUGCCACCAAUGAAGCCAUUCAAAGAACGGAAUCCUAUGAAUAUGCACAGUCACUGGGAACGCAGCCCUGCUGUUUACCCAAUUUCCAGGUUUUCAAAUUCAUCUAUGCUUGCCGACUAGCUGAGAUGGGACUUGCUGCACAAGCGUUUCAUUAUUGUGAAGUGAUUUCCAAAACUGUUCUUAAAAAUCCCUACUAUUAUUCGCCUGUGCUUAUCGGCCAACUUAUUCAGAUAUCAUCUCAGUUGCGCCUGUUCGACCCACAGAUUAAAGAGAAACCAGAGCAGGAAUUAUUUAUUGAACCUUCAUGGUUGGUACGACUUCGGCACUUGGAUGGACAGAUCAAGGAUGGUACGAUAGCUUACAAUGCAGAUAGAUCCACCCCUCAGCAGUAUGCCUGUAGCACACCAAGCUCUGAAUUAGACCAUAUCAGUCAGUGUGAUGGAACAGGAUCUGGACAGGAAAUGGGGCCUGCUACUGAAAACCCAUUGUUGGCAUCCUUGUUACCUAAUACGGUGCACCCCAUGCAAGGUGUGCAGCUAAUGCCUUCAGCCCCUCAGCCUAUCCUUGAGGAAUCAGCAGCUGUGACUCCUCCUACUCAGCAAGAAACUGUUGGGGUUCCUUUCUAUCCUGUAGCCCCUCCCUCUAUUGGGCCAGGGUCUGGCUUUGCACCACCAGGCUUUCCAAAUCAAUAUGGAGCUGAACAGUCUUCACUGUACCUGGGAUCUACAGUGCCACCGGGAGGACCACCUCCGCAAGCAGCAGAACCACGGCCAGAAGAGCAGUUAAACCAGGAAGCAGCAAUGCAGAGAAUUCCCCAGGAAUCUCCAAUUCAAAAAACUUUCCCUGAACAAAGAGAGGAGGAUUUCUAUGGAAAAAUGGCAAAUAUGGCACCGGGACGAAGAUCCAGAUCCACCUCUCAGUCUUCAGCACAUAUGGGCUAUGGGCGAAGAUCUCGGACCACCUCAGAAUCCUCCACCCAUUCUAUAGGACGAGAAAGAUGUAACUCUGCAGCAAAGCAGCCCUCUCCUCCUCCUCCAUCCAUUCCUGAAGGGAAAGAGACCAACAAAGAGAUCAAGAAGGAGCCAGCAGCGAGAAAGAGUGGUGCAAAUUGGUUUCGCUGGCUGAUGGGAAAAGGAAAGAAUGAAGCUCACCUUCCAGAUGAUAAGAACAAAUCAAUUGUUUGGGAUGAAAAGAAACAGCGCUGGGUUAAUUUAGACGAGCCAGAAGAGGAGAGCAAGCCACUGCCACCACCUCCAGCCGGGGUUCCUAAAGCUCCUCAGACUGCUCCACCUGGGCCCGGGGGUCCACCUGGUGUCAACAUGUUUUCCAGAAAAGCAGCAGGAACCAGAGCUCGUUACGUUGACAUUCUAAACCCAAGUGGAGCGAAAUGCAGUGGUGCUGUUCCUGCCCCAUCAGACCUCUUUGCCCCCUUGGCACCAAUGCCUAUCCCUGCAAACUUGUUUGUUCCAAACUCAGUUCCUGAGGAACAGCAACCUAUGGAAGGGAGCGGGGCACGAGAACAGACAUUCUCUGCAAAUCAAGUCAGCGCUGAUGUUACUACAGAGCCACAGUAUUUAAACUCUACAAUGCUUCCACCUGGUUCUGAACUCCCUGGGUCCAAUCCAGAUGGCUCCCAAUCAGGAGAGCCUCUCUGUAGUGUGCCACCUUCUGGGGGACCUCCAGCAGGAACUGUUCAGUUCUACAACCCUUCUCAAUUUGCACAAUCUCCUGCAACUACUGGAAGUUCAAGGCUGGGGAGAAUUGGACAGAGAAAAUACCCAACAUUGAAAUAGAAUAUAAUGACUUGACGUAUGGAACACUUACACUAGUUCUGGACAUUCAAAGAACUACUCAAAUUUUAUGGCACAUAGUAGUCUCAUUGCAAUCUUGAAAUUGACAUGACAGUAAUUUAAUGCUGGCUGAUCGUUUGUCAUGGGUCUCCCUACUUGUCGCUCAUGUACAUGAAUCAUUACCAAACUAGAAAAAAUAUACAUUUUCCCUUAAAAGCUGGUUAGAAAGGUAUAAUCUCCUACUGGGGUUGGAGAAGGAUGAAUGGGGAAGGAUGUGGUUACUGUCUGUUGUGAAAACCAACUGUAAACUGCCACCAAAGGGAGGAGUUCUUCGGUUGAUUUUAAACCUACCAGUGUGACUUGAAGACAUAAAUUAGGUUUCAGGGUCAUUUCUGAAGGACACUUCCCUCCCAAUGUAGGACAUACAUGUCCACCUUUUAACAGAAAACUCUAUGGCCUUAACAGGACCAUGCACAAUUGUAAUGCAUAUAAAACAAUACUGGCAUUUGCCAAUAUAUGAAGGUUUAAGAUACUCAUCUGGGAAAUGCCUCACAUGCUUAUAUUUUUUUUAGGGGAGGGGGGCCUCAGCUCAUCCAAAUAAAUAAAUUGACCUAUAGUGAAUUAAAACUGUGACUGUAAUAAAAUCUGAAAUUAGUCUGAUUUGAAUUUUAUCUAGUAUGUCUGUAGUUGUGUUUUAGACUCCUUGUAAAACAAAUUGUAUAGUCUGAAAGAAGCUCUUUGUACAAUAGGCAAUGCUGUACUAUUUCUGAUGAGUGAGUGUUCUUCUUAAGUGCAAUAUGGUUACUUGCUUUCUCUCUCAAACUACUGGCAUUAUAUAAUUAAGGUGGUAACAGCUUGAAAGUUGUUUAAAAAUUAUUUUCCUUUUGAGUGCCAGAAUCUGUUCCUAAUGCUCUGCUCUUGAACUUCCGUUAAUAAAAUAACUAAGGUCUUAAAUAGCUAACAACUGAAUUUCAAACUAAAUUAAAUGGAUUACACCUCUACUGAUGGACUUGAAAAGCUUUAGGUUUAGUAUAGGAAAUUCUGAAAACGAUUGAGGUGUAACAUUCACAUGCAUUGAAAAGUCUGAAUGGCCCACAAGGAGAGAAAAUAAACUUCAAAUAUUUAUUAAAUCAUUAGGUCAUAUUUUCUUUAGGAUUUGACAAGGAAGCUGAUUGAUGUUACCUGCAUUCUGCCCAUGAGUUGAAAUAAUGUAUAUGUGGAAUUAAUUCCCCCCCGCCCCCCUUUUCCUGGGUAAUACAUACCACCUUUUGAGAUCUGGGCAGCCGUAUGUAUAUUUCCAAAGGGAUUAUACAUGAUUUGAAAUAAAAUAUGGUGACUUGGAGGAAUUAGUAGCCUUCUGGUAGUGGUCCAUGCUCUAAAUCCUGGACUUGGUCAGCAGCAGUCAGUGUGGCUUUCUUUUGUAACUAAAAACUGUUCAGAUACUUGGCUUCAGAGACUGCCAAAUAUCUUUUAAUUCAAGAAGGCUUCCUCUGAGCUGGGAGUUGCUGUCUUUCCGAAGUGUUAGAUUUGAUGCUGUAAAUUCUUAAAUAAAAUAUUUUGCGCUCUGGAGCACUUUCACACUUUA